GAGUAACAGAGCAACAAACUAAAAAAAAAACAGUCAUGAGUUUGGCACUGAAUGUUAUCCUCCUUUUCUCAGGUCAAUGGGCUCUCACCUUGGGUGGUACCCAUCAGUUUCACGUGGUGGGAGAAAGUAAGAACUGGACCGAGGCUCAGAAAUACUGCAGAGACAAAUUCACUGACCUGGCCACCAUUGAGAGCCAAGGGGAAAUGGACACUGUAAGAACCAUUAUCAAUGGGACAGUAGGCCAUUUUUGGAUAGGUCUCAUACCGAAAGUGGAAAACAACACCACUAGCUGGAUUUGGUCAGAUGGGAGUCAUGCCUCAUACAGGAACUGGAAUACUGGUCAGCCAAAUGUCAAGGCUAAUUACUGUGGGGAAUUACGUAGUGAAGAUGCAUACAGAUGGACUGUUAUAGACUGCCAACUGUUACAUAACUUUGUCUGCUAUCAAGAUAUUCCGCUUAUCCUGGUUCAACAGAGCAAGAUGUGGAGAGAAGCUCUGAGAUACUGCAGAGAUAAUCAUGUGGACCUGGUGUCUGUUCACACUGUGGAAAUCCAGCACUGGGUGGAGUUUGUUACUGGAAAUGCCUCCACUGCUAAUGUGUGGAUGGGUAUGCGUCACACCUGUGCUCAGAGCUUCUGGUUCUGGGUGAGUGGAUCGACUAUCUGCUACCAGAACUGGGCUCCAGGGAGCGGGACAAGGGUGGAAGACUGCAGUGGAGGAGAGAGAUCAGGAGCGGUGCAGUCUGAAAAUAUCAACAAAUGUAGAGAUGACACACCAGUGCAGCCAAUGUUGAGAAUAUAUCCAAGGACUCUGAUGCGAGACAGGAGGAGUUUCAAGGCAGCCAAUUGAAUAUGAAACAGAAAAAGAGUGAAUAACAUUUUAAAGCAUAGCAAAAGCUUUGGGUGAUUUUUGUUAAUCUGUUAGUCUAAGACGUGAGAAAAUAACCUGUAAGAAUACUGUUGGCAAGAAAACAUACAAACUAUAGAAGACAGCUGAUGUAAAAGAGAUUUAAUAUGAAACUGUAAAAAAAGUAAUAGCAUUUUAAAUCAUAAAAAAAAAACAUUGAAAGGUGAUAAUUUGUUAAUGUGCUUGUAUGAAA